AUGGCGGCAAGCGACGCGCUCCCCGUGGUUGACCUGGCGCCUUUCUUCACCGAGGACGUCAAGGGCGGCACCGCCGGCGCCACCGAGGCCGUGCGCCAGGCAUGCCAGACGCACGGGUUCUUCCGCGCCGUCAACCACGGCGUGCCGAUCGACCUCAUGGCACGUGCGCUGGAGCUGUCAGCCGCGUUCUUCGCGCUGCCGGACAGGAGAAGGCCAAGAGAGACAGUGGAGGAGUGCUACAGCAAGUUCACCGAGCUGGGGUUGCUCAUCCAAAAGAUCCUGAACGAGUGUAUGGGGCUCCCGCCGGGCUUGCUCAAGGACUACAACGACGACCUCAUGAUAGUAAGGCGCUACUUGCCGGCGACGGAGGAGGAGAGCACCGGCUUCAGCACGCACGAGGACGCCAGCUGCAUCACCUUGAUCUGCCAGGAUGAUGUCGGGGGCCUUGAGGUCCUCAAGGACGGCCACUGGGUACCGGCGGAGCCCGGCGGCGGCAGCAUCAUCGUCAACAUCGGCGAUGUCAUAAAGGUGCUGAGCAACAGCAAACUGAAGAGCGCGACACACCAGGUGGUGAGCAAAGCUGCACACAGGCACUCGUUGUCGUUCUUCUCCAACCCGCACGGCGAUAGGUGGGUGGAACCGCUGCCGGAGUUCCUGUACAAGGAGUACCAGGGGCUGCUCGUGAGGAACAAGACCCAUCCGCCGGCCAGGCACGAGGAUGUCGUUAACAUCACCCGCUAUGCGAUCUAG